GCGUGGUGGUCCUUCCUGCAAAGAUGAAGCGCUGCUGCUGGCCGUCUGCUGUGCUCCCCACCUACUUGCUGGUGGUGCUGCUCCUCGCCCUUGCAGCAUCGGGGGAAGUGAUUCCGCGAUGCGGAGACCGCCAGCUGUCGCAGGAAGAGGUUGAGGCGCAAAGUGGUAUUGUCGAAGCAAGCGCUGCCAAGCGACAGGCCCUGAUGCAGAGCACAAGCAAGCGCACAGUGCUGCACGCCUUUCAGCAACAACAGCGAGCACGCGCCGUGAACGACUACCUGGACACGUACACGCUACUGACGCUGGACAUCCCCAUCAACUACUACGUGGUGCACCAUGAGGACGGCACGGGAUAUGUGGAGGAGGCGAUGCUUGAGGCGCAGACGGCCGUGAUGAACGACCGCUUUGCCAGCCCCAUCGACACGGGCCUGCGGUUCCACACCAACGCCACCGUGUACAUCAACGACACGUCGCUUGCCAUGCUGUGUGGCCACCGCCGCCAGUUCAUCGCCGCGCGCUACGUCAUCUUGGAUGGCCGUGAUCCCGCCGAGUCCCUUAACGUGCUGGUGUGCCGCAGCCGACGGUUCCUUGGCGUCGCCGUGUUUCCCUGGGAGGCGCCGGAGGACGAUGCCUUACAGUCCAUCAACCUGCACCCGGGCUCUCUGCCCGGCGGGUAUGUGGCCGACUUUAACGAGGGUGAUACGCUCGUACACGAGGCCGGGCACUACUUUGGGCUGUUCCACGUGUUUGAGGGCACGACGUGCUCGCGUCGGCGGGGCGAUUUCAUUCGCGACACCGCCGCGCAAAAGUACCCGACGUCCGGCUGCCCCUCCCCCGAGGAGAGCGCGGACACUUGCCCGCACCGCCGCGGCCAUGACAACAUCCACAACUACAUGGACUAUUCGACAGAUGCGUGCAUCGAUCGCUUUACGCGAUGGCAGGUCGUGUACAUGCGCUACUACACGGAAUACUUUCGCCCGCGCCUCUCGAAUGCGGCACUAGUCGUUGAGGCCAGCAGUGCCACGUGCACUGACCUCGGGUGGCAGCCCGCUGACGGCGUCGUUGGCGCCAAUGGCCGCGGCGUGUGCGCAGAGUCACGCGUCGGCAGCGGCGAUCAGUGCUUGACGGGCGAUUGGUUUGAUGCCUUCUUCCACUGCCAGAGCAUCGGCGCGCGCAUGUGCACAUCGGACGAGCUGAUGAGCAUGGACAACAAGGGCGACAUUGGGCGGUGCCGUGGCCUGCUGCGCAACCGCCUCGUGUGGACGACCAACUUCUGCAGCCGCGCCCGCCGCGCUGUUGUUCGUCUUCGUCGGCGGCGACCACCCAAGAUGGAGUGCAGGCCCCCCGAACGCCAGGCCGGCACCAUCCUCUGCUGCGCUGACGACACGGACACCAGAUGACACGAGCAUGCGUGUGUGUGUGUGUGUGUGUGUGUGU